AUAGACCACCACCAAAACACACAGACAACACAACAACACCCCAACACAGCAGCGACUCUCUCUAUCUCUCUUCACAUUAUUUUCACAUUCCUCUUGCUUUUUGCUGUUCAAAACCUAUCUGUACUCUUUCUCCCAACAAAAAUAAUUACUAUUAAAUACUAAAAAAAAAAAACUUGUGUCCCUCUCUUUUGAUUUGUUUUUUGCUAAUUUUUUUUUAUCUUUGAUUUCUCCUCCUCCCACCUCCACUGGAAUCCACCCAAACAAAACACACUCAAUUUUGUUUUGCUUCUGAGAUCUGAAGAACGUGUCUCUUUGAGAUCCCCGUCGGUGAUGCGCUACGAAGAUGGCGAAUCUAGUCCCUGGUGUUUUGCUCAAGCUUCUCCAGCAUAUGAACACCGACGUCAAAAUCGCCGGCGAACACAGGUCCUCUCUAUUACAAGUCGUCAGUAUCGUGCCCGCCUUAGCCGGUGGGGAGCUUUUCCCUAACCAGGGCUUUUACCUCAGAGUCUCUGAUUCCUCUCACGCCACUUACGUUUCUUUACCUGACGAACACGACGAUUUGAUUCUUAGUGAUAAGAUCCAAUUAGGUCAAUUCAUUCAUGUCGAUAGAGUUGAGUCUUCUUCCCCUGUCCCGAUUCUUCGUGGUGUUAGACCUGUUCCUGGUAGGCAUCCUUGCGUUGGUGAUCCUGAAGAUAUCGUAGCUACUCACUCUCUAGGGUUUCUUAGUGAUGACAAGGUUAUUGAUAAUGGUGGUGCUGCUGCUAAUUCGAAACCCAAAGAGAGAGUUAAGGCACCUGUGAUGAAAGGAGUGGUUUCUAAUGGGAGUGGAAGUGACGGUGAGAGACUAGUAGGUAAUAGACUGAGUGUUAGUAUCUCUAGGGAUGAAUCUUCUUCUGAGGGUAAGAAGCCGUCGUCUGCUUUAUUUCGAGCUAAAUCUGCUAAGUCGGGUUUGAGUUUGGAUGUUAAGAAGGAAUCUUUGGGGAAGCUGAAGACUUCUUCUGGUUCUAAGUCUAUACCUUCUUCGCCAACUAGUUGUUAUUCACUGCCUAAUUCUUUUGCGAAGUUUGCAAAUGGGAUUAAGCAGCAACAGAAUGUGAAGCCUAAGGUAUUGGAGAAAGGUUCUCUUAGGAUGGGGUUGGCAGAUAAAGGGCGGUCUCUUCUCAAACCGGAGAGUCCAAGUGUGGGGAAAAAGCUUCCCAUGAUUAAGAAUUUUGUGCAGGGGAUUGAGUUUGGAGCUAAGGCGUUGAGGAAAAGCUGGGAAGGGAAUUUAGACAUCAGGAGUUCAGAUAGAUCUAAAUCUACCCUUUCCAGACGUGAUAUAACCCCUGAUUCCCGGAAUUUAACAGCUGCACGGAAAAGCACAUCGAGUGAGAAGUUGCCAAGCAAACAGGAGAGGGCUAAUAUAUUUGCAAGAUCAUCGAAGGAGCAAAAUAAGAUGCAGCCUACCAAGAAAGUCGAGACAACCGGAAUACUGGACACGAAAGACAAAACGAGUAGGCCUAAAUCUAAAUCUGUCGAGAAGAAAUCUAUUGCAGAGAAUGGAUUGCCUGGGAAUUUGGUGAAAGUCCCUGUUAAUGGUAAAAGAUUAGCGGCGGGAGAUAUCCAGUGGAGUUCACUCCCUUCAUCUCUUUCGAGGAUGGGACAGGAAGUCUUGAGGCAUAGAGAUGCUGCCCAAGGUGUCGCAAUAGAGGCCAUGCAAGAAGCCUCUGCUUCUGAGAGCUUACUCCAAUGCCUCAUUAUGUACAGCGAUCUUAUGUCAACAGCGAAGGAAGAUGAUCCAUUGCCAGUUGUUGAGCAGUUCCUGAAACUCCAUUCUGGUUUGAAGAACGUUCAAAUAGUAACGGAGUCAUUGUCCAGAUUAAUUUGUCCGAUGUCUUCCCCAGAAAAUGAAGAAAACAAAUCCGAGGAAGCUGUAAAAGCAGCAUCAGAAAAACAGAAAUUGGCAGCCUCGUGGGUCCAAGCUGCGUUGGUCACAAACUUAUCGCCCUUCUCUGUCUACUCUAGCAAACCAGCCAAACUUGCUGCCUCCAAAAGCAAACCUGUAAUCAUACUUGAGAGCCCGGGUAGUAAUUCCUCCGGUAAACCUCGUGGGAGUGUACAAAACAAGCCAACGAUUGGAUCUAAACUCGUAGCACAAGGCAUGAUUCGUAAACACAGGGAGAACAGUAGCAGCCAAAAGGCCACAUCAGUAGCAGGUUCAGAGUCUCCACCGCUAAACUGGGUGAAAGGAAAUGGUCUGAACGAGGCAACUGAUCUUGCAGAGAAGUUGCAAAUGGUUUCACAAGAUUGGUUUUUGGGUUUUGUAGAGAGAUUCUUGGACGCUGACGUGAUUACAUCUUCGAAUCUGAAUCUGUCUGAUAAUGGGCAGAUCGCUGGGAUGCUGUCUCAGCUCAAGAGUGUGAAUGAUUGGUUAGAUGAGAUUGGGUCGAAAGAAGAUGAAGAAGGACUAAAAGAAGUCUCUAAAGAAACAAUUGAUCGAUUACGGAAGAAGAUCUACGAGUAUCUUUUGACACAUGUAGAGUCGGCAGCUGCAGCACUUGGUGGUGGUGGUGGCUCCGUCUCUUCUCCUAGACCCAAACCAAUCGAAACCAAAGCAAAGAGAUAAAAGAUGGAUGAAGAAGCUUCAACGUGUUUGUGUUUCUUCUGUAUAUAUGAAAAUUGGCGGCCAACUUCUUCUGUAUAAUUCCAGACAUCACUAAGAAAGCCUACCGACGUGAAACGUUUGGUAUUUUAUUCAGACAGAUACUCACUAAAGAAGAGCCCUAUUGGUUCAAAAGAUUUCAAUAUUUUCUUUUUUAAUCCAUUUUUAUAAACUGUAUUUUUCCUAUC